AUGAAUUUCGCAAAGUUUUUCCGCGCAAAAGCAGUCAUUUCGUUGGUUAUGUUGUCUUUCUUUUAUACUCUCUUUUUGGCGCCAACCUCAAUUCAUGGAGUCAGAGAAUUUUGGCGGGAAAGUAUUCAGAGUAACGGUACCAAAAUUAUCAGCAACAGCAACACCAACAACAUUAGUAGCAACAACAACAACAUCAACAACAACAUCAACAACAAAAACAAAUCAGAUGAAGCGAUUAUGAAGAGACUAAACAAGCGAUCCAUUGACUUAAAGAACGCGAAGCGUCGCCGUAGCAGUCACUACAACAACCACAACAGCACCGGCAAACAUCAACAGCAAACCCUCUGCGUGAUUAGCAACCACCUAACGACUGACGACAACUUCCACAGCUUCAUCGCCAACAUCACCAGCGACACUGGCGACAACAAAAACAAAAUGGCGGGUCAUUUAAAUUUUGAAUUUAUUUUUCCCGCCAAAUUGUGCUGCCCGAACGUACUUUUUUUUCAACACGAUCAACUGAGCAUGAUAAACGACAGACUGACUUGCUGGGAAAAGGAGAAUCUCGUUAAACAGGAAGAAGAUAAAUUAUUGAGAUUAACUCCAAAAUUCAGCUGGUCCGGCUGUCACAUGGUGAACAUCAGCAACGUCGAACACUUCGUUUGCAAGGGUGGAAGGAGUAUUGGUAGUAAUUUCAUGAGUGUCGAACUCUAUAGCAGUGAAGAUUUGGUCAAGUUGCAGAGAUCCAACUCGUGCUGGGAGAAGGGCUCCAUAUUGAAAUCACACCAGGUCGAUGACCAAAUCAUUGAGAUGAGUUCACGAAUGAGCGGAAACAGGCGAAAUGAGUGA